AUGUCGUGGACAGAACGGGGGCAUGGGCGUGGUCGCGGCGGCCGAGGCCAUGGGCGCACUGGCGGCCGAGAUAUCGCGCAGCAGUACGCGAAUUACUUUGCCCAAAACACUGGAUCCAGCAACUCGACCGCCGCCACCUCUGAGCGCAGUGAGAGCGGCGAGAGCAAGCACGACGAGGAUAAUGCGGGCAGCGACGGCGACAAGGACGGUAGCAGUGAAGGCGACAAGGACGCUGGCAGCGACGCGCCGGAAGCACCCACCUCCGACGUGGUCGACGCGAUGAAGCGAUGUGCCGUGACCGUGUCGACGCGCAACGUUCAGUGCGGGACGGCCAAGCCAGCGUACAGCAUGACGUACUUGCUCGAGAGCGAGAAAGGCCAGCCGGCACUGAUUAUCGGCUACAAGUCCAUCUCGAUGAUGGAUGCGUAUGCGCACAAGUCGGUGGAAGAGCUGCGCUUUGAAGACUACCUCAAGCGCACCGACAAGGAGGCGGCGCUCGCACAAGCCACGAUUGUGCCGCAGCCCGCCGAGAAGAAGCCGUUUGUCGACACCCACAUGGUCACUGCUUCCUCACAAAGCGCGUCGCCGCCCAGUGGCCAAGCCAACAACCCGUUUGCAGCGGCCUCCGCGACUUCGACCAGCGGCUUCUCGUUCGGAACCUCGGCGCCUUCGACCAGCACAUUCGGGGCUUCUUCGGCGACUUCGACCAGCGGCUUCUCAUUCGGAUCCUCGGCGCCUUCGACCAGCGGAUUCUCGUUUGGCUCGUCGUCCGCGCCGACAACGAGGCAGCCGUCGUCAUUUUCGUUUGGCGGCACAGCUUCCUCCAGCUCGACAUCUGGCUUUUCGUUUGGUGCGACCGCAACGCCGGUACCUCAUUCCUAUCUUGGCUACCCACCAAGAACAGGCUUCUUUGGCGGAUCUUCGUCGACGACCAGUGCUGGUUUUGGUCAACAAUCUAGAGGAGCCACGAGCGUGCCUUUUAGCUCGUCGACGUCAGCGACGACCAACGGCGCGACCAGCUUUACACCUUUGGGUGGCGCUGCGCCAGCGUUCUCUGCGUUUGGCGCGCGUGAGUCGCAGACAACCGGCGUUGGGUCCCGCCCGCCUUCGUCAUCCUCGCCUUUUCAACCGUUCUUCGGAGCCAGCACCCAUGGUGUCGAUUCGCAUCAAGCAGCGAGCACUUCAACGGUGCGACGAGUCAUUGCGAAACCGAGCGCACCGGUCGUUGUGCCAAAGGUGCCGUCGUCCCAGCUCAUGCCGGCCCUGGAGCUCCACUCGGUCUCCAUGGACUGGAAGCACGUGUACGUAAUUAGUACGCUGGACGACCUUCGGCGUGGCUUUGACAAGCUCCCCGAUGUCGCACGGCUCGCCACGUACAAGGGAAACAUGUCGCUCGAGAUCGUUGGGCCUGCAUUUCCCAACACUCAGCUGCAACUCGGCAUGACCGAUUUUGUCGUUCUCAUCGAUUGCGAGCAAAUUCCUUUGGACGACCUCGUCGCGCAGCUGAGUCCACUGCUGCAGUCGACCACGAUGACCAAGAUCAUCUUUGAUGCCCACCGCAUGGGUGCUGCUCUCUCGUCUCUUACCCUCCCGCCACUCGCGGCCGUCUUGGAUCUGCAGAUCGCCAUGGAAGUGAUGACAAAGGAGUAUGCGCCGUCGUUUGCGUCGAUGCUGUCGCGUCACAACCUCGAGUCGCACCCGUAUCCACGCUACCUCCAAGCGUUCAAGGAGCGUCCGCGCUCGGACGAUGCCAUUCGGGCAGCGAUGUGGACAUCCUACUUUCUCCUCAAAGUAGCUGCGCCUGUGCGUAAGACGUUUGCUGACAAAAGCAUAUUGUGGCAUGCUGCGUCGAUGGAGCGCGUCACGAACGCCAUUGCGGCCAAGGGCGUCCGCACGCUGAGCUUUGAUGUCAAGCAGCAGCACAAGUUUGCGUCGUACGAGGUGCUGCACCACUUGCGGCCGUCGAGCUUGGCGAAAAGCACGCCGCUCGUGGUCCACGAAGACAUGGGCGACGUCUUUGCACUGCUACCGCCCGAGUUUGCGGCGCCGCUCCAGCCACCGGACGUGGCCGCCCACCUCCUCGACAUUGUGUUGGACCUCGGGCGCCGGCCGUGGGCGUGGGUCAACGGCGCGCGCUUCUUCCUCUUGCCCCAUGACGAGGCGCGUGUCGUGUGCCAGAACGACCUCGAUCUGAUUGUCGACCGCGUCGGCGGUUUUGGCAGCGACGACCGCGCCGGCCUCGAGCGCCAACUGCACCGUAUUAGCGCCGUGCGCAACCGGUCGAACGAGAUUAUCGGUCUCACGAUCCGCGUUGGCCGGUACAUUGAGGGCAACGCGAGCUUGAUUGCCGACAUUUUGGCGAAGGAAGACAAGAACAUCCUCUUCCUCGGCGAACCAGGCUGCGGCAAAACCACGAUCGUCCGCGAAGUUUCUCGGCAGCUUGCCAAUAAGUACAACGUCUGCAUCGUCGACACGAGCAAUGAGAUUGCAGGUGACGGCAACAUUCCGCACAUGUGCGUGGGCCUGGCGCGGCGCAUGAUGGUGCCGUCGCUCGACAAGCAAGCGGCCGUGAUGGUCCAAGUGGUCCAGAACCACACGCCCGAGGUCAUGGUCAUUGACGAGAUUGGUCGCCCGAACGAAGUCGAGGCCGCGCGCACGUGCAAGCAGCGCGGCGUGCGCAUCGUGGCGUCGGCGCACGGCGACCUCCGGAAGUUGCUCAAGAACAAGCCGCUGCGAGGCCUCGUUGGUGGCAUUCAGAAUGUGACGCUCAGCGACAAGACGGCCAAGGAGCAGCAGCAAAAGAACGAUGGCGACGCGCUGCGGAAGGUUGUGGCCGAGCGCGGGGGUGCACCGAUCUUUGAGGUGAUUGUCGAGCUCCGGCGCGGGCAGUACGACACGUGGCGCAUCAUUUCGAACGCGGCGGAUGCGGUCGAUGCCAUUUUGAACAACUCAGACUACGAGACCCAAGUGCGCACGCGGACCGCGGACGGCAACGCGUUUUUGUUCAACACGGAGAAGCUCUAAGUGACCCUUGUAUAACGUGAUAGACGAAAUCACUAGAGUGCCAACGUUUCUGGCGCAUCUCUUCUCAUAACGAUGACGUUGUCGAUGACG